CAAUUUUUAAGCAUAUUAAAAAAUAAAACAACUUCGUGUUUCACUCUCUAUCCAGGAAGUUAAACCGAAGCCUCUCUUCUGUAAGACAGGUUUUUCUUGCUCAGCAAGGGAGUUCCUCUAAACAAUAUUUGUUAACCAGGUAUCCUUCACUUGCCAUUUAUAGAGCCACGAAAUUUUCCUCUUUCAUAUUUUUCUGCUUCCACAGGUGGAAAAGGCUGAGUAGUACAUGAAGUCAAAGCACAGCUUCUAUUCCUACACAGCCCAUUUUAUGUACAAAACAUCUUGAAAGAAGUGACUUCAAUUUUCAGUUCACAGUGAGUGUUUUAAACCUCUGAGGACUCAAUUACAAAAAAAAAAAUAAAAGAAGCAGCCUUUUGCAGUGAGUGGACUCUGCAGCUAAUUAGUAAGGAUCUCUCUUUUUCAAACAUCUUAGCUGUACACAGCAUGAAAGCAAAUCCAAGCCUGGGGCAUAACCUCAUGGAAAUUCUCCUGGAAUUGUAUAAAAAGGGUCAGGUGCUUGGCCAUAUUAACGUGUAUUUCUUCAAAGUGAGCAGAAGUAUACAGACUGGUGCCAUGCAGGGAUUUAGAAACUGUUUGCUGGAGCAUCCAUCCUACAAGGAGAGACAGAGCUGGAUUGUUCAGUCAGAACAAUCCAUUUUAAACAUCAGAAAAAAACUUUAUUACUGUUACAGUGGUCAAAAGGGUGAGGCUGUGGAGUCUCUGUGUCCUUGGAGAUGUUGAAAAUCUGAUUGGGAAUGGCCCUGAGCAAGCUCCUGGAGGUGCCCCUGCUCCAGAUGAUGCCCGAGGUGCCUUCUGUCAGCCUGUGGAGUCUGGUUUAAGGACAGCGUCCUCGUGUUGGUUUUGUGGAGGAGAGCUGGUUUUGAAUUCUCAGCCACCUUUUCCAUGAAUGUAACCCAAAAUAGAUGCUGGGCUAAUUAUUAGCCUCCAUAUGCAACGCUCACACUCCUGCUGGAUCCGAGCUGACAAAAAGGCUCAAUUCCAAACAGCCACUGCUGGCCAGAAGCCUGAAGCCGCAGUCCCUCACAUACCACAUACCUAUUUGCAUAGCUCUCCAUUUACAGAAAGGAAAUCUGGGGCACUGAAUGGAAUGAACACCAGUAAAACACUACAGAAACACUUGCAGAUAAACAUCCCAACAGAUGAAGCAUUUUAUACACAGUUAUCUGCCAAAAGGCAGGAUUUCAUCCUUCUCUUUGAUGUUUUCGGUCAGGUAGGUCUGCACGUUAAACGUAUCCAAACUAUUUCAGCUACAGCACCAAGAGUGGUUCCAGCAUGAAUAACUCACCGAUACAUAACAAUAAGAAGUCAGCAUAUCUAAAAAUACAUUUUUCUUUAACAUAACCUUUGUGGAGCAGCACCUAACGUGGUCCACCUGUGAACACCGGGUUAGCAGAGCUUUGUGAACUGUGAUGAGGGAUUUGGAAAACACCAGCACACACCUCCGGGAUGCUCAAAACCAAAGUAUUUAGGGAAAAUGCCAGUAACAAGGCUGCGGGUGGAAGGAGAGGAGGGAAGAGGGAGGGAGCUCAAUGUUUUUUCAGCUAUGCUUGCUCCCUCCCCUACUUAAAUGUAACAAAAAAAAAGAGAUGCUAGUUGCUGAUGUCAUCCAAGUGCUAGCAUUAAUCACUCACAGCAUCACUGGUACAGGCACAGGAGCAUAUAACAGGGAUGUGCUGGCACUACCCUGUCCAAGAAGGAAGCAAUACAGGAGGAAAAAGACAUUAUUGUCCUCCUCUCUGCUCUUUGAAAACCAAGGCAAACUGCAUCUUUAGACAAGAUGUGCAUGAAUUUCGGUAGAAGAGACGAAGAAGCCAUGCCACAACCAGCACCAGGGAAAAAAUCUGAAAGUAGCAAGCAGUGAGGAUUCAGUCCAGGGGGAAGAAAAAGCAGAGAUCAUGAAGCAACUAACUCCUGUGGGAAACGAUACAGAACAUUUAGUGGUUAUGUUAUUUUUGCAUCCGCACCUGAAAAUCCUGUUCUGAAAGCUCUGUCGGGAAGUGAUGAGCACUACGAUCCACGCGGCAUCCCCAGCAGCAAAACCUCUCAGUUAUCUCCCUGGGAAACACUAAGCUACCCUUUCUGAAGAUCCCUGCUGGGAAAGGACCCCCCGAGCAGCUCAGCAAUGGGAAUUACCGUCCAAAACAUCACCGGGAACACGGCGGUGGUGAUCUGGCCCCAGCUGGCCAGCUGCGCCGACAGCUUUUACAGCGUCAUGUACCACCCCAACUGGAGGAGCACACCGGCCAGCUACUCGAGGAAGAGCUUCCAGAAGGAGGAGAGGGUGCCCGCCAGCCGCUCGUCCUUCGUGGUGGAGAACCUGACCCCGCUGACCACCUACAUCCUCUGUGUCACCUGCCAGUCCGCCAACCCCUCCAGCGACCAGUGCCGGGUCUUCAACACGCUGCAACGCGACCCGGCGUCCUCCGGCACUGCCAAGAAGGAGCUGGCACUGGGCAUCUGGCUGGCCAGCAGCCUCCUGCUCCUCGUCAUCGCCGCCGUCCUCCUCUACGGCUGCCUGCACCUGCUGUGCCGCAGGAGGCGCGAGCGCCCGCGGGGCCGAGCCAGGUCUGCCGAAUGGGACCCGGGGAAGACGUGGACCAAAAGCGCAGCGGGAGCCUCCCAGGAGCUCGGCGUGCAGGGCAGAGGGAGGCGGGACAGCGAGGAGGAGCAGCAGGAGGGCGGCAUCCAGCUGGCCACCAUCAUAGCCAACCCGUCAGCCUGCCAGCAGCCCUGCCGGCCCGCAGCCGAGAGCCAGGAGCGAGUGCCAAGGGCCGGGCUGUACUCUGCCAUCAAUUAGAAGCCUUUCGGCAGGGAGGAGAUCUCCUGCCGCUUGGGACAUCCCCAUCCUUCAACCCCAUCGCGUGCUUUGUCACCACUCGUGACAUGGCUGCUCGUCUGUGCCUGCUGCCCUCACGGCCCCAUCCGACACCCUCGCGCUGCCUCAAGUACUCAGGGGCAAAGGUUUGGGCUGCCCAUGACUCUCUGCUGCACUUUGCUGCUUCAAAAUGCGGUGAAAUACCCUGGGAUGUCUUACUUGGAGCUCUUCAGCACCCACCAGAAGCUCCUUUACGCACCGCAGUGACUCCCUGUAGAGGCAGCAGGGCUCAGAGAAGCAGCUGCCGGUCCUUCAUCCUCCCUCCCCUUCAGUUUAAAUAAUAAAACUCAUCCAUCAGCUGCAAGUUUCUGUCCAACCAUACCGUAAGUUUUGUAGGACCAAGGGGGCAAGGAAGUAAAAACACGCCAACAGGCAUUUUAUUUUGGUACCAAUCCGAUCUGCUAGUCAUCUAACUGCGCCUGUGGACGUCGCGGCAAGAAAAAGCCCUUCAGACAGAAAUCUGUUCACCCUGGCAAAAUGAUGCAUCUUGUCUGGCUUGUGUGUGUAAGUCACUCUGUCUGAAAUCCCUGAAGUGAAUUUAUGUUCCGUAAAAACGUAAUAAAUCUCGCUAACACUG